AUGAUCGAGAUUAUCCUGAACGACCGAAUCGGGAAGAAAAUUCGGGUAAAGUGCAACCCCGACGACACCAUUGGCGACAUCAAGAAGCUGGUCGCCGCACAGUCCGGUGUCAGGCCAGAGAAGAUCAGGCUGCAAAAGUGGUACCAGAUCUACAAGGACCACAUCACGCUCCAGGACUACGAAAUCAAGGACGGCAUGGGCAUUGAGUUGUAUUACAACUAGAUCGACGACAUCUUCAUCGAGGGCUGUUAUGAUUUCUGCACUUCAAGCGACGAAGUUGUACCUUUGAUGUAGUUGUAUGAAUAUCACUCAGCAUACGCACGGAUAUCAGGAGCCCGAGCCGGCGAUUUGAUUGCGUCGAUUAAAACCUUCGCUUAAUAUCGGCAUGUAGCAACUACGAACAUAGCGAACAAAUCAAGAAAAAGCGCUAUCAGCGUUUUCUUGUCCAGCGAGAAACCAUGGACGGAAUUGGAAUUCCAUUCUAUCUAAUUUGCGUU